AUGAACCUGUGUUACGAGUUAUUUUUUUUAUUUUAUAUUUACAACAUCCUUUGUGUUACUGGCUUUAAUAAAUUUAAAACCGUUAGACAAUCUAGUGGACAAAGUGAAGAUAUUUUUCUAGAUUCCUUGCAGCUGUUACAAAAAUAUAACUAUUCUUCCGAGAAACAUGUAGUGGUUACUGAAGAUGGAUAUAAGUUAAACACAUUUCGCAUAUCCAGGAAAGGACCUCCAGUGUUAUUAGUGCAUGGUAUUGGAGACAGUUCGGACUCAUGGCUCGUUUUAGGGCCGAAAUAUUCUCUAGCAUAUCAGUUAGCAGACGCUGGAUUUGACGUUUGGAUUUUCAAUGCGAGAGGCAACAGGUAUUGUAAAGAACAUAUCAAGAAAAUUCCCCAAAGAGUAUUUUGGAAUUUUAGCUACGAAGAAAUCGGAUCAUUUGACGUACCUGCUACAAUUGAUUAUGUACUCUCUGAAACACAGUAUUCAAAACUUUCGUACGUCGGGUUUUCUCAAGGAACGACAGCGUUGUUCGUGAUGUGCAGUUUACGUCCUGAAUACAAUAAAAAAAUCGAUCACGCUAUUUUACUGGCACCUGUGGCUUGGUUGAAACAUACGAAGUAUCCACUAAUAGAUCUAUUUUCGAAGAAAUUAGGCAUGUUGACAUGGUUUGCUGAAACCCAAAAGGUGUAUGAAGUUUUUCCUUUCAAUGAGAAUUUGAACUUAUACCACGCGUCCGUCUGCGACACUCUUUCGCCUGUCAAAACGCUUUGCGAGUUGGAAUUAUUCGUAAACUUUGGUCUUCGGAAACUUACUAACUUAGUUCCAGAAAAAUUAUCAGUUAUAACUACACACAUACCGGCAGGAACAUCGGCAAAAGUAUUUUUCCAUUUCAUUCAAGGUUACUCAACUCAGAGAUUUCAAAGAUAUGAUUACGGUUCGGCAAAAAACCUGGAGGUAUAUUCUUCUGCUAUUCCACCUGAGUACGAUGUUUCUUUAGUCAAUGUGCCAAGUACAUUGGUUACUAGUGAAGUCGAUUGGUUCAGUGACGUUGAAGAUGUGGGAUUGCUUUUGAGAAAGUUCAAAUCAGUGGCAAAGUUGAUUCAAAUAAAUGAGACAUUACAGUUCACUCACCUUGAAUUUGUGUAUGGUGCGCGCAUAAAUUCCAUCAUUAACAAACCUGUAUUGACAAUUCUGAACGAUUUGAAGAUGACCAUAACAUAA